CGCACACUUUCAACGCUUCUCCCGCUUCCUCUGUGUCGCGCGUGAACGCGGUGGGUUUUCUCUCUCUCUCUUUCUCGUCGAGUCAGUUAGUCUGUCUCUCUCUCUCUCUCUCUCUCUCUCUCUCUCUCUGUAUGUGAGAGAGAGCUCGGAGCGGGAGUGAGAAAAUCAAAACACAGCAGAAAAGCGAGAGUGGAUGAGGAUUACAGCACACGGGGACGAAGCGGAAAGUAUAGAGAGAGAACAUUUCCAGGACGCUAAAGCUGCUAAAUAUCCGCUUGCCAACACGGAAUACCGUUUUCCCCUCUUCUUCAUGGAGUGAAAAGGGACCUAAGAACAUUUUCGAGUUUUUUGUCGUCCGUCUUUUCUCUCUUUUUUCCCCCCUCCCCGUCACGGAUGGUGGUGUUAGCGUGGAUAGCGCGGAGAGCCGGCGAUUCACACCAAGUAUAAAGAAACUGCGAGAACAGCAAAGAAUAAAAUUUUCUGGCAACAAAACUACUUCACCCCAAAGCUGCUGAAUGUGAGCUUUAUUGUUAACUUGUUUCCUUGUGUCGGUGAAGAAAGACUUGAGUGAACGACACGUUGUAACAAAAUGAUUUCUUCUCCUCCUCCUCCUUCUUCUUGGACAUGUUGUGAUUGAAACCUCUCCCUUGUCUUUCUCUGAAGAGAGAGAGAGAUUUGUUUGUAUAAAAAUACCAGGCUUGAGGUGUGUGUGUGUGUUUCCCAGAACUCUCCACGUGAUGAUGAUGAUGAAGAAGAGGAAACUACACUGAUUUGAUCCAGUAAUCAGGCAGAAGUUUGGAGUCUGACCUUUCUCCCGGUCAGAGAGAGUGGAAGUUUGAUCAGGAAUUUGAUUAGCCGGCGAUGAGAAUGACUGACAGACAGCAGGAGUUAAGACUCUGAAUCUUUGUCGUAUGGACUGGUAUCCAGAACCCUAGCUCGAACCGUGGUAACGUUUCGGACGUAAUCCGUGUCUCCUGGGCGUCUUGGGAGGUGGCCCCCUCAGCCAGAGGACUUUCUGAGCUUCGUUCUUCGUUCCACUGUCACUAUGGAGGAGUGGAGGCAGUGUGGCCGGUGGCUCAUCGACUGCAAGGUCUUGCCCCCGAAUCACCGGGUGGUUUGGCCCGAGGCCGUCGUCUUUGACCUGGCCCAGGCUCUCCGAGACGGGGUGCUCUUGUGCCAAAUGUUGCACAAUCUGUCACCCGGAUCUGUAGACCUGAAGCAGAUCAACUUCAGGCCUCAGAUGUCGCAGUUUCUGUGUCUGAAGAACAUCCGGACAUUCCUCAAGGUGUGCCACGACAAGUUUGGGCUGAGGAACAGCGAGCUCUUUGACCCCUUCGACCUGUUUGAUGUGAGGGACUUCGGGAAGGUGAUCUCUGCGCUGUCCAGGAUCUCUCUACACAGCAUCGCUCAGAUCAAAGGCAUCAGGCCUUUUCCUUCAGAGGACACAGCGCUGAACGAGGACGAUGUCUACCGAAGCUUGGAGGAACUGGCUGAUGAGCACGAUGUGGGUGAGGAUGAUAUCUAUGACUGCGUGCCGUGUGAAGAUGAAGGAGACGAUAUCUAUGAGGACAUCAUUAAGGUGGAAGUUAGACAGCCCAUGAUCCGAUACAUGCAGAAAAUGGGCAUGACGGAGGACGACAAGAGGAACUGCUGCUUGGUGGAGAUCCAGGAGACUGAAGCGAAGUACUACAAGACACUGGAGGACAUUGAAAAGAGUUACAUGAUCCCCUUGAAGCAAGUCCUAACCCCAUCGGAGAUGAAGGCCAUAUUUGUGAAUCUGGAGGAUAUCAUCAGAGUCCAUUUCGCCUUGCUGAGGGCCAUCGACCAGAACAUGGUGAUCGGAGGCAGCGGACUGGGAAAGAUCUUCCUGGACUUCAAGGAGAGGCUGCUGAUCUACGGUCAGUACUGCAGUCACAUGGAGCACGCUCAGAAGACGCUAGACGACGUGAUUGCCACGCGGGAGGAGGUGAAGUGUAAAGUGGAGGAGUGCACCAUGAAGGUCCAGGAAGGAAAGUUCAAACUGCAGGAUCUGCUGGUGGUUCCUAUGCAGAGGGUCCUCAAGUACCACCUACUGCUUAAGGAGUUAGUGAGUCACUCGAUGGAUCGGCCGGAGAGACAGCAGCUGAAGGAGGCCCUGGAAGCCAUGCAGGAUCUGGCCAUGUACAUCAAUGAGGUGAAAAGGGACAAUGAGACGCUGAAGAAAAUCGGGGAAUUUCAGUGCUCCAUAGAAAAUUUGCAGGUGAAACUGGAGGAAUACGGGAGACCGAAGAUAGACGGAGAACUCAAAGUGUGCUCGAUAGUUAACAGAGCCAAACAGGACAGGUACAUCUUCCUGUUCGAUAAAGUAGUAAUCGUGUGCAAGAGAAAAGUCUACAACUACGAGCUGAAAGAAAUCAUCGAGCUCCAGUAUUACAAGAUGUCCGACGACCCUACCAAUAACCGAGACAUGAAAAAGGCCAGUGGAAAGACGUGGUCCUAUGGCUUCUACCUGAUCCAUCUGAAAGGCAAGCAAGGCUUCCAGUUCUUCUGUAAGACGGAGGACACCAAAAGAAAGUGGAUGGAGCAGUUUGAGAUGGCCAUCUCCAACAUCAAGCCAGAGCGAGCUACAGCCAACCAGCACGACUUCCAGAUGCACACGUUCGAAAAGAACACCAACUGCAGAGCCUGUAAGAUGCUCCUGAGGGGGAUCUUCUAUCAGGGUUACUACUGUUCCCGCUGUGGGGCCGGUGCACAUAAAGAAUGCCUGGAGUACAUCACCAUCUGUAAAAUCAAUCCCCAUGAAUCGGAGCUUGGGCUUCCACAGUCAGGUCCAAAGAUGGUCGCAAUCAGGAACUACCAUGGCACUCCAGCUCCCCCGGGCAAAUGCCCCCUCUCCUUUCAGACAGGUGAUGUCAUUGAGCUUCUGAAGGGAGAUCCAGACACCUCGUGGUGGGAGGGGAAGCUCAUUCAGACCCUGAAGAUCGGCUACUUUCCCAGCUCCAGUGUGAAGCCAUGUCUAGACCCAAAACCGUCUCAGUCUUUUCCCGGUCGUCAGUCCUCAAGAGAGCUGGAUUACAAUGUUUAUCCUUGGUUUGCAGGGAACAUGGAAAGGCAGCAGGCUGAUAACCUCCUGAAGUCUCACAGCAGCGGCACAUACCUGAUCAGAGAGAGGACCGCCGAGGCCGAGCGCUUUGCCAUCAGCAUAAAGUUUAAUGAUGAAGUGAAGCACAUUAAAGUGAUCGAGAAAGACAACUGGAUUCACAUCACAGAAGCAAAGAAGUUUGAGAGUCUUCUGGAGCUGGUGGAGUAUUAUCAGUCCCACUCACUGAAAGAGAGCUUUAAGCUGCUGGACACGACGUUACGAUACCCUUACAAGUCCAGAGAGCGCUCCAACUCCAGAGCCAGCACUCGCUCUCCAGCAGCCUCCUGUGCUUCCUACAACUUCUCCUUCCUCAGUCCUCAAGGCCUCAACUUCUCUUCUCAGAGCUCUACUCCCUUCUGGUCAGUUUUCACACCGAAGGUGGUGAGCACAGCGGUGGCCAGAUAUAACUUUGCAGCUCGGGACAUGAGAGAGCUGUCUUUGAGAGAAGGCGACGUCGUCAAAAUCUACAGCAAGAUCGGAGGAGACCAGGGCUGGUGGAAAGGAGAGGCUAAUGGCAGGAUCGGCUGGUUCCCUUCAACAUACGUGGACGAGGAAGGUGUGCAGUGAAGCUCUGACCUCAUCUGCUCUCUCCAAUCAGAUCACCUCUCGUCCGCUUCCCCUAGAGAGGAUUUCUCUGCUGUCCACAAGAACCCCCUUGUGGAAUACAUCCUUUCGUUUGUUUCUUUGUUUUUGCCGGAAACUGAUUUCACAGUGAAAAUCUGUACUCUUGUCUCUACAUUUCUCUUUCUCUCCUUCUCCUCCUGAACAUGUCUGUGUGAAGAACUGGAAAGGGUUUCCGCUGGUCUGUUGGAGAAACUGAGCUGAGCUGAGCAGAACUUCGUCUGGAGGCAGAGCAGAGCUUCUGCUGAUCGUGAAUCUGUGUAAAAAUAGAUCUAUAAAGAUUUCUAUGGCCAAAACAGCAUGAGCUGCGGUGGGGGGAUGGGGUGUGUAUAGAUAAUUUAUUCCAGAGAAGUAUCUAUGAUUAAAAGAAAAAAAAAAUGAAAAGAGAGGGGUUGAAAGUUUAUUAUGAAAUUAACCCGAAAAAAAAAAAGAUUGCACUUUGCAUUUCUUUACAGAGAGAACUUGCCUUAGUCGUUCUAAUGCCUUGCGGGCUGACAGGACAUGUGCAGGUGGAUUGUGGGAAAAGAAGAGACACACAACACACCUCUGCCCUGUUUAGUAAUACGGUGCCUUUUAACUAAAGUGCGGUCGCAGCGCUCAGACCACAUGUAGGUUCUCUCCGAGCCGUCAACCCUGGACAUCGAUCCAGCCUGGGAUGUGUUUCAUCUGUAACACGGCGGAGAGAUGCGAUCAUCUCGGCGUAUGUGAGAGAUUACGGUAUUGAGGACUUGCUAUGCAGCUCGCUUACCGAUACGGUGAACCUAAACACUCGGUGCAUUGAUGUGAGGAAAUUACGGUGGUCUCGACAGUUUCCUUCAUUUUUUCGUCCAAUUCAAGGACCAAUGUGAAAUUUUCUAACAUGUUUUUGGGUUAAAUAUUCCAUUUCUAAUCGAAUUUUUUUCUCCUGAUUUUCUGUUGUUGAUUCUCUUAUCUUGCCUUACUGAUCGGUUGACCAAUGGUGCUGCAGUGGUGUGUUUUUAAUCUGCGGGUUCAUAGCAGGAUUCUGUGGACUAAGAGCCCGCUGCUUUACCUGAACCUCAGCCAUCAAGUGCACUUUAUCCAUCAGAGACCACGACACAGGCUGCAGGACAAAAAGUUCUCACGUCCCGGACGGUUACAGGAACUGACUUGCCUCUCUGAAAAUCCCUGAUUUCAAAUCAUCCUCCGAUAAAAGAUGGAGUACUCCGUGAUUUUCCGACACGCUGAUGAUCGAAACUUAAUCUUCCUUCUGAACUCCUCCGAAGCUGCACUGAUAUCAGCCCGUCACAUAAUCUACUGAAAUCCAUCACGUUGCUGUGUUCCGUCAACCGACACUGGCACUGUUUCACAACACGCUGAUGGGAUGGACUGAUGGACGGACGGAUGGACGGUAUGUGUGUAUCUGGUGAGGAACAUUCACUGGUCAGCGUUAGGCCUGAGGCGUUGUGUGCUUUAGCCAAGGAGCUUCAUCGCUGUUUGUGUAGUGGACAGAAAGCCAUUGCAUGUGCUCAUAGAUAUUACAACUCCUGUCAGUGACCCCCCCCCCCCAAA